AUGACAACCUCCAAGUUCUGGCUCGACUUCCCCAACUUCAAGCCCAACUCCCACGCCCCAAUCACCGAGGAAUUCAAGCGCCUGGCCACACAGCAGGGCUGGAAGCGGGGCUCCAAGACCUGGCGCAAGCGAUGGAACGCCUUCGUCAACAUCGAGUACGACCAAAUCAUCGGCAGCCGCCUCGCAUCCCUAGACGAAUGGCGCGAGCUGUGUGAGCUUUUUGACCUGCCAGGGCCAUUUCCUUCCAUCACGCAGUGUAAAAAGGCAUUGUCGAGAGUGCAUGUCAAUCUGGUGGACCUUAUCGAAUGUCGACACUUGGGCACGAAACCGAGGACAUUCAGGAACGUGUCGCAGCUCGCGGACUAUACCAGGGACACGGGGAAGUUCUUCAAUAGGACCCUGGCGAAGCAGGACAAGCUGCUCAGAGUCUUCUUGAGGAGAUUGGUCUAG